AUCACAUUCAGUAGAGCAUCAAUAGAACACUCAGUAGUCCUCACUCAGAUCUCAUAUGGAUAACAUUCCUUACAGCGUGUCCCGGAUAAUACAGUUGCAAGAAAAUAAGGAUGUAAUAGCUGAAAGUAUUACAUCGCCUGAGAAGACUCCGAUAAUACUCAAAACUGAUUUCAAACAAGAGAUCCUAUCAGCAGAACCUUCGACUGACAACUCUUUCGAAAGCAAAGUAAGAUGGAAGGGGAGAUCACAAGAUGCGGAAAAAGAUUACAAAAAGUCAGCAUGCGACCGAGAGAGAACCAGAAUGCGGGAUAUGAACAAGGCCUUCGAUAAGUUGAGAAGGAUAUUACCGCCCAUCAAACCUACUGGCAAGAAGUUAUCAAAAAUCGAGGCUCUCAGGAGUGCUAUCCAAUACAUUAAAGAUCUCCAAAUGAUUCUCGAUUCAGAAACAGAAUUAGAAAAGGAGCAGGCCACAUAUACCUGGAAUACACAUCAUUACCAACAAGCAACAAAUUCAAACUCAGCAUCUUCCUUUCCACAUGCAGAAUAUUACAUAUGUUGAUUAUAGAAUUAAUAUUAAAAAAACUUUCAUUAAGUUUACUAGAAGAAGUGUGUAUUGAUUAAAAAACUCAAAAUGUGCAUAAUAAUUAUAUAUCAACCUUAACCGUUACUCAAGUGUGGUUCAUUGAAAGCUAUACAUAUUUAUUACGUUAUUGAUAUGAGGGUAUCACAAUUUUUUUAUUUUUUAUAUUUAAAGAUUCAAAUUUAUAAAGAGUUUACUAAAAAUUUAUUUAUUUAUUUGAUUAUAUUUUAGGUACCGUGUGCAACAAUAUAGGUUAGAGGUUUACACUUUUUCCUUGGAUAUUCCCAUGAUUAUAUAAAACAUUACUAAUUGUCUACAAAAGGAAAAAAAAAAAUCAUCGAAAUCGAUUAGAAAUUUUUCCAAUAUUUUUUGUUUUUCAUUUUAUUAUUUAUUUUUUCAUAUUUUCUAUUAAUAUUCAUUGGGAGAGUUCUAUUAUAGCCCAUUUUAUUUGAAAAUAACUAUAUAUUUGGCAUAUUUGGCUAUAUUAUCAGUACGACGAUGAAAUAAUUUGUACAGAUCGAAGGAGAAAAGUGGGUUCAAAUAUCUUUUCAAGGGAUAACAGAGUUGAGAUUUGUAUUUCGGACCUCUAUAAAGCCUCCAAUACGAAUUUUCAUAGAAUUCAUACGAAUAAAAAAAUAUAUAUUUUUUUUCACCAAAUCAGAACCAAGGCUCCCCCCUUCGAUCUUCUUUCGAAAAUCACAAAAAGUGGGAUACAAAUAAUUAAAACUAUAAUUUAAAGCAUGAAUAUUUGAUAAAUUUGACGAAAAUAAUUGGUAAAAAUGGUAAAUUUUGUUGGAAAUGGAGUAAAAAAUACGAAAAAUCACAAAAGUAUGUGAAUGUGGAAAAUUGUUAAAAAAUAAUAUGAUUCCAUUCUGAUCUUGCAGGCAGUGAUCACCUGCCUCUCUUGCUUUCCUUGAUGGAUCAACGCUCAGACAAUUUUCUAAAAUGUGUAAGGCUGCUAAAGCUAUUUUGCAGGUGUGACAUCUCGGUGGUGAACUACCGUCGAGUAGGUGCCCAUGCGUGAGCCUGCUCUGCCCUAUUCUGAGGCCUGUGAUAAUAGUUUGCUCCCGCCGGUUUCCUUGCAUUUGGGGAAGUAGAUUCAUGUCAUUGAAAAUGCUUUUCAUUUUGUUGGGAUCAGAAAUCUUAUUCCAACAAUAGCGCCAGGCUUCUCUACAGUGGUUCGAAACUGAGUUAUUGAAAUCGUAGAGCGCUAUGUUAGUGUCUGGUGCUGGAAGUAUGAUAGAUGCUUCUAUUUUGCGGCUAUAUCAGCCAGUUCAUUGCCUGGUAUUCCUGCAUGACUGGGGACCCACAGAAAUUUUAUAGUUUUCUUUGUUAGUUGAAUUAUAUGUGUGACUUGGAAGAUGAUAUGGUUGUUACAUAAUUUAAAGUUUUCUAUUAGCUUGAGGGCUGAGUAGGAAUCACUAAGAAUUAAAAUAUGGUCAAUGUCAAUUUCAUUGAUUAUUAUACCUAAAGCUAAAUAUAUGGCAAAUAGCUCGGAGGAUAGGACUGAAUAAAUGGAGGGUAGAGAGUAGCGGAUAUAGUCUGUGGGCCAGAACCCCUUACCGUGCACCCCCC